CACGCACUUGACAUUAAACCUUUGAUGUUGUCUUUUUUCACUCUCAAAUCUCAUGGACUCAAAGCCAAACUCUCACUCAAUCCUGUAUCUUACACACCUCUCAAAAUACUAUGUUACUACCACAACACUACUGAUAAUAACCUCAAUGACAACAACAUCAACAAUGGGUGUAACACCCCAAAUUCACCACCACCACAAAAACAACAUUUACAGCAGCAGUCUCUUGUUAGGUCAAUUUGUUCACUUGUCUGUGAAUCUUACUCCCAACAAACCCCACAUGUGAGACUGUUGCAAUCUCCAAGUAUCAAUCUUUCUGUAAAUCCUGAUUCAUUAACCCAUGAACAGGCUAUCACUGUUGUUGCUUCACUGGCAAGUGAGGCAGGGUCAAUGGUGGCAUUGAGUUUUUUCAAUUGGGCAAUUGGGUUUCCUAAAUUUAGGUACUUUAUGAGGUUUUAUAUUGUUUGUGCAACUUCUUUUAUUGGUAAUGGGAAUUUUGAGAGAGCCCAUGAAGUUAUGGAUUGUAUGGUGAGGGUUUUUGCUGAGAUUGGGAAGUUUCAGGAGGCUGUUAAUAUGGUUAUUGAAAUGGAAAAUCAUGGGUUGGUUUUGACUGUUAGGACUUUGAAUUGUGUUACUGGUGUUGCUGGUGAAAUGGGGUUGGUUGAUUAUGCAGAGAACGUGUUUGAUGAAAUGCGCGUGAGAGGGGUUUGUCCUGAUUCUGUAAGCUAUAAGUUGAUGGCUAUUGCUUAUUGUAGGAUGGGGAGGAUUUCUGACACGGAUAGGUGGUUAAAGGAUAUGGUCCGUAGAGGUUUUGUUGUUGAUAAUGCGACUUGUACUUUGAUGAUUAGCACGUUUUGUGAGAAGGGUUUUGCGAGUAGAGUGUUUUGGUAUUUUGAUAAGUGGGUGGAAUUGGGUUUAAAACCAAAUUUGAUAAAUUUUACAUCGUUGAUUAAUGGGAUGUGCAAGAGGGGUAGCAUUAAGCAAGCGUUUGAGAUGUUGGAGGAAAUGGUUAAGAAAGGUUGGAAACCGAAUGUAUAUACGCACACGGCCUUGAUUGAUGGGUUGUGUAAGAAGGGGUGGACUGAAAAGGCAUUUAGGUUGUUCCUUAAGCUUGUUAGGAGUGAUGAUUACAAACCAAACGUGCAUACAUACACUUCCAUGAUUCAUGGGUAUUGUAAGGAAGAUAAGUUGAAUCGAGCAGAGAUGUUGUUGAGCAGAAUGAAAGAACAAGGAUUGGUUCCUAACACAAAAACAUACACUUGUCUCAUUGAUGGGCACAGUAAAGCAGGGAAUUUUGAAAAGGCAUAUGAGUUGAUGGAUUUAAUGGGUAAAGAAGGUUUCAGUGCCAAUAUUUUCACAUAUAAUGCGUUUAUAGAUAGCCUCUGUAAAAAGGGAAGGUUUCUAGAGGCUUGUAAACUGCUUAAGAAGGGAUUUCGACUUGGAUUGCAAGCUGAUACUGUAACAUAUACCAUCCUCCUAUCUGAGCUCUGCAGGCGAGCUGAUACCAGGGAGGCCCUUGUAUUUUUCAGUAAGAUGUUUAAAGCUGGAGUACAACCUGAUAUGCAUACAUAUAACACACUGAUUGCUGCCUUCUCAAGACAAAGAAGAAUGGAAGAAAGUGAGAAACUUUUUGCAGAAGCUGUUGGUCUUGGCUUGGUUCCAACCAAGGAAACAUACACAUCCAUGAUAUGUGGAUACUGUCGUGAUAGAAAUGUUAGUUUGGCUCUAAAGUUUUUCAGUAGGAUGAGUGACCAUGGCUGCACACCUGACAGUCUUACAUAUGGGGCUCUGAUAAGUGGUCUUUGCAAAGAAUCCAAGUUGGAUGAGGCAUGCCAGUUAUAUGAAGCUAUGGUUGACAAGGGGCUGUCCCCAUGUGAAGUUACUAGGCUAACACUAGCAUAUGAGUAUUGCAAACAAGAUGAUUCUGCUACUGCCAUGGUUGUAUUGGAGAGGCUAGACAAAAAACUCUGGAUUCGUACAGUUAACACAUUGAUCAGGAAGCUUUGUAGUGAGAGAAAAGUAGGCAUGGCUGUAUUGUUCUUUCAUAAAUUAUUGGACAAGGACCAGAAUGUGGAUCGUGUAACUUUGACUGCAUUUACUACUGCAUGCUACGAGAGCAACAAGUAUGCUCUUGUUUCUGACUUGUCUGAGAGGAUCUCCAAAGGAAUUGGUUAGCAGUCCAGUUUAAUAAAAGCAAGUGAAUUUCGUUGCUUUAACAUACCUGCUUGGCGAGUUGCUUGGUGAUUUUAAGGAGAUUACUUUUCCUUACCAGUGGCAUAGUUUUGAUUUGGUAUUGUCACUGGUCAUUUCAAACCUUGAAGAAUGCCAUCUCACAACUCAAAAUAAGGAAUAAACAGCAAAGAGUGCAUACAUUUAGCAAUUCAACUGAGUUGGCCGAGUUAUUGACUGAAUGUGGAUUUAGCUUUCAAGUUUGUGAAUCACCUCCCCACUUAGGAAUCACUGUUCAUUUUCUAUGCAAGGCAAGAUUGAGAGUUCUGUGAAGCGGAGUUGGAAGGUUGGAGUAGAUGCUAGAUGUUACUCGUGAUUUUUCCCACCUUUAAACAUUGAUCACCAAUAUAUCGGGCUUGAUGCUAAUGGAGGUGGAACUGAAACGCAUUGAGCCACUUGAGAUGGCUAUGAUGAUUAAGCAAUUCCAGAUACGACCAAUUUUCUGCUGUCCGAAGUUAUAUAUUCUUUCAUUUACUUUCUUACUUUUCAGAGAGGAUUAGGGAACAAGAGACACCUGAUUUCGAUUGACCCAGUGGCUGCAAUCACCAUCUUUACAUGGGGGUUCAGAUUUUUUACUUGUUAAAGAUGGCAAACUAUAAUUAGAAUGAAGCUAAUUGUUUCUUUCUUUUCAUAGUAAUAAAUUUAUAAGUCUUUACAUCUCUAA